GUGUACAGUACUCACAAUUUCAGGCACAAGGUGUCGCUCUUUACUUGAUGGAAAUAGUUCAUUCAAAGGUUGGUCUGAACAGCUAGAACUCCCCACACAAAACGACUCCAUCAUGCCGAACGCUACUGUUAAAGGAUCUUUCGAAACUUCUCAAAAAUUCAGCAAGAUUUUUAACCCGAAACUGGAGUCUCUGGUACUGUAAGUGUGAAGAAUCUUAUUUUGGCAGUCAAUGUCGUAUGCGAUGUUUGGGUCUCAAAGAAGGGGAUUGGGCACUCGGCGACUGCUGCUGUCCCUUCUGCUCCUUGCGUUCUGGGAGGCGGGGAGCGGCCAAGUCCACUACUCGGUCCUGGAGGAGGCCAAACACGGCACCUUCGUGGGCCGCAUCGCGCAGGACCUGGGGCUGGAGCUGGCGGAGCUGGUGCCGCGCCUGUUCCGGGUGGCGUCCAAAGGCCGCGGGGACCUUCUGGAGGUAAACCUGCAGAAUGGCAUUCUGUUUGUGAAUUCUCGGAUCGACCGCGAGGAGCUGUGCGGGCGGAGCGCGGAGUGCAGCAUCCACCUGGAGGUGAUCGUGGACAGGCCGCUGCAGGUUUUUCAUGUGGAGGUGGAAGUAAAAGAUAUUAACGACAAUCCCCCAGUGUUCUCUCUCAGAGAACAAAAGCUGUUCAUUUCUGAAUCUAAGCAACCCGACUCGCAUUUUCCUCUAGAGGGAGCUUCUGAUGCGGAUAUAGGAGAGAAUGCUCUGUUGACCUACAGACUAACUACAAAUGAGUAUUUUUCUUUAGAAUUACCAACAAAUAGUAAGCAGACUAAAAGACUAUCACUUACAUUAAAGAAGUCCCUGGAUAGAGAGAAAACUCCGGAACUUAAUUUGCUACUGACGGCUGCGGAUGGGGGGAAACCCGAGCUCACCGGCGCUGUUCAGCUCUCGGUCCGCGUCUUGGAUGUUAACGACAAUGAGCCGGAAUUUGAGCAACCAGAAUAUAAGGUGAGAUUGAUGGAAAACGCAGCUAAAGAAACUUUUGUGAUAAAGUUAAACGCCACAGAUCCAGAUGAAGGAGUCAAUGGGGAAAUAACAUACUCCUUGACGUCGAUUAAGCCCAAUAGAAAACCCUUAUUUACACUAGAUGAAAAUAAUGGGGAAGUGAGGGUCAAUGGAACUCUGGAUUAUGAAGAAAACAAGUUUUAUGAAAUUGAAGUACAGGCCACAGAUAAGGGGAAUCCCCCCAUGGCAGGACACUGUAUAGUCUGGGUAGAAAUCUUAGAUGUCAAUGAUAAUGCCCCUGAAGUCACUGUGACUUCCCUGUCUCUCCCAGUGCGAGAGGACACUCAGCCUAGCACGAUCAUUGCGCUGAUCAGUGUAUCCGACCGUGACUCCGGUGCCAACGGACAGGUGAUCUGUUCUUUAACGCCCAACGUCCCCUUCAAGAUCAUGUCCACAUUCAAGAACUAUUAUUCACUGGUGCUGGACAGCGCUCUAGACCGCGAGAGCGUGUCGGUCUAUAAAUUGGUGGUGACAGCACAAGACGGGGGCUCACCUUCGCUUUCGGCCACGGCCAGCGUGUCCGUGGAGGUGGCCGACGUGAACGACAACGCGCCGAUCAGCACGACUCGCGCCCUGGACGAGGCGGACUUGCCGCGCCAGCGCCUGCUGGUGCUGGUGAAGGACCACGGCGAGCCGGCGCUGACGGCCACGGCCACCGUGCUGCUGUCGCUGGUGGAGAGCGGCCAGGCGCCGAAGGCCUCGUCGCGGGCGUCGAAGGGCUCCGCCGGCACGGAGACGGCGCUGGUGGAUGUCAACGUGUAUCUGAUCAUCGCCAUCUGCGCUGUGUCCAGCCUGUUGGUGCUGACGCUACUGCUGUACACGGCGCUGCGGUGCUCGGCGCCGCCCACCGAGGGCGCAUGUGAGCAGGGGAAGCCUAGGUUGGUGUGCUCCAGCGCAGUGGGGAGCUGGUCUUACUCACAGCAGAGGCGGCCUAGGGUGUGUUCUGGGGAGGGGCCGCCCAAGACAGACCUCAUGGCCUUCAGUCCCAGCCUUCCUCCUGGUCUGGAUAGUGAAGUCCGAGAGGAAGGGCAGGAGGUGGGAUCAAAUCACCCUGGGCAGGCUUGUAUCAAAUAUUGA